GUAAAAGUCCCACGGUACAUUUCUGCUAUACUGGUAAGAUCAUCUCCUGCUCGGGGAUUGCGGACCUGUGCAAUAUCGAAAACCUUAUGUCCCGGAUUUAACGAGUCGGGUCAUUUAACUCCGACCAGUGGCCACAAGCGCGGGAGGUAUAGCACACGGAGGAAACGGAGACAAGCAUGGAGAGAGGCAAAGGAUAUGGAGAUAGAUAUUUUGGAGGGGCGGGAGGAUAAAUACUAGGAGCUAUAGAUAUCGUCGUGCUCUCGUUUAUUCGAUUUCGUUUGCAUUGAGCGAAUAGAGCUGUGUCCACAAUACGCACCAUGGCAUCCUACCUAGUUACCGGCAGCACUCGUGGAAUCGGCUUCGAACUGGUGCGCCAAUUAUCAGAAAAGUCCCCUUCAGAAGUCAGUACCAUCAUUGCCACCUCCCGAUCGGUCAAUGCCUCCCUGCAGGACCUAGCAGACCGGCAUCCCGGCCGGGUCGUGCUUGUUCCCUUGGAUGUUACGGUCCCCGAGUCCAUCCAGAAGGCCGCCCAGACCGUGGAGAGCAUCAUGGGCGACAAGGGACUUGAUGUGCUCAUUAACAAUGCUGGCAUCGUGGGUUGGGGCCAGAUUAAGGACAUGGCGGACCUUGAAGACACUUUCCGGGUCAACGUAACCGGUCCACAUGUCAUCACUCAGAACUUCUUGCCGGUAUUGCGAAAGGGCUCUAUGAAGAAGAUCGUCAACAUUUCCAGCAGCGUCGGCUCCAUUGCAAAGCAGUCCGUUUACCGGGAGCUGCCUGCCCCCUCCUAUAAAAUCACCAAGGCCGCCUUGAAUAUGAUGACGGUGCUAUACUCCCAAGAGCUUGAGAUUGAGGGGUUCACCGUAUUCUGCGUGAGUCCGGGGUGGUUGAAGACAGACGAAGCCAAUGCUCAUGCCGAUCUUCCGGUCGGAACUGGAGUCGAGCGCGUCUUGGAGAUGAUCCGUGAUAGGGGGAUGGAGGUCAAUGGAAGAUUUCUGAAUAUUCAUGUUUCUGGGUGGGAGAAUAACCCUGGUUUGAACCAGUAUGAUGGAAAGGAGCUGCCAUGGUAGACGGGGCAGAUGGAUGACGAUCGGCGGUGGGAGAUGUACUAAUCCAUGCAUGGCUUACAAUCAAAGACCGAUGAGUUGAAGAUGCAGUAACAGGAACUCUAAACUGACUCGGUGGGAGAGAC